UUCCACUAUUUACUUUUGUACCUGCUUAACUUUUAAGAGUGUUUGGCGAAGAGGUUUCCUUAAAUAGCCCAAUAAAAUGAAGUAAAAGACCUUUUAUAAAAGAAUUCGGAAAUUACCAUUUAAAUAUGAUGUCGAUAAGCCCACCAUCGGGUUCCUUGUUAAAGUGCUAUGUUUGCGUCUCCAAUGAGUGCAGGAUUUGGAAAGAAGUUUUACAAUGUUGUACCGAAAAGUCAAAUAACUUGGAAAAUAACCUUCAAAAGCUCCAGUAUUCCCUGGAAAAAUCACACGUGAGGGCCAAAGUUAUUUGCAGGGGAUGCCAUAUGCAGCGGUACUGCAGCGUAUCACAUCUCCUCGAAGACCGUCCGGAGCACCAAGCCCUCUGCCAGGUGCUGAGGGAUCUGCAGAAGUUGCGUAAGAUCGAUCACCCGCUCUUACUGCACGGCAAGAUCUCCGAUCGCAGGCAGCUGCAGUUCGUCGUUUCCCAGCUUAAGCUGAUCCUGUGGGUCAAGCUGGGCAGACCCCUCACUCCGCGGGAGCAUCAACUAAUGGGGGAUCCCGCCAUUUGCGACGUUUGCUUUAGCACCGGAGACCUAGAAGACUGUGAUGGAUGUGCCGGAGUGGCCUUUUGCUCGUUGGAGCACCGCCAACUAGUCAAAGGCUAUCACUCUUCAAAGGAUUGCCAAACUCUGGCACUGAUCGCCACUCCUUUCCGCCAAUUGGACGUUCUAGUAAAUAUCCAACGCUUCUUCCGAAGCUGCCUAAUAAAGGAGAGUCACUUAACUGCGGCUUUUCACAAAGCUACCAACAUAAUGGUUAGCAGCACACCAUGGACCGAUCUGGAAUCGUACCAGCUGUUCUCCACCUGCUCCUCUUUCAGCGGCAUCGGCAGCCUUUGCUUGGCCCUGUCGCACAUUUCGUGGGUCACUGAUCCGGACAAAGCUGUCAUCGUGUACGUAGUGGGCGCCACCCAGGAGACCCUGAUAUACUUCCAGGAUAUGCACCUGAAUUUUUUGUUCCUGCAGUUCCCCAACAUUCACAACUUAGAGUUACACUUCAUGGGAAGAACACUUGGGCAAAUGGGAGAAACACGAUCAGCCUUCUCCAAAAGAACCGUGAUAAAACACUUUUAUCCUCUGACAUUCUCACAAUUUUCAUGCGUUUGCAAUGUGGAUCCUACUGUGGUCCUCAUUCUUCAACCCGAUUUCAUCGGCACAGGGAAUAUAACCCAGAAUCUAGUCAAUCUCGUACAAAAAAAGGAUCCUCCGGACUUUGAUUGGCAGGAUUGCCUCUGUAGUAUUAUUCGGACUUUCGGUGUUCCCAUUUGCUAUACAUCGAUCUCAGGGAUCAAGGCAAUGUCUGAUUUCACUGCCAUCAAAAAGGUUGCCAGGGAAAACAAAAUAGACGUCAAAAGAGCCUACAACCUAACCGACAAUCCCUAUCGUGAAAUAUUACCUCUGCACAAUCCCGACCCGUUGGAUCUGGAGAGGAUUGUUUAUGCUAAUAACUACCUGGAGGUUGUUUUCACAAGUCUCAAAAAAUACUAGCAAAAAGCUACCAAAGACUUUAUUUAGAAAAACCUAAGAGUAUAUCGACGAUCAAAAUUUGGAAGUUUGACAAGUAUCAAAAUGAAUUAGUUAUUAACUCCACAAGAAAGUAAAACAGUUUUUAUGUUACUAUUUAAACUACCUCGUAUCCAGUUAAAUAUUUUCAAACCAUAUUAAGAAAUUUAUCGUCUUACCAUUAAGAUACCUCAUUACAUUGACAUGUGACAAUUUAAUUUCUAAGUCUAUAAGAAUAUCGAUACCGAUAUUAAGAAAGUUUCCGUCGUAUAAUUUAAACUACCUCCUUGCUUGUUAAAAGUACAAUGGUAUUCAUUCAAACUACACCAGCCUUUAAAAAUAUCGACAGAAAGUUGACAGUAUUAUUAUUUUGCUUCGAACACGGCAUAGAACUCGCCCUUUAAUUUAAACAUGUUUAUCCAUUUACAUUUUUGGUAAUUGUUUAAGAAUAAAUUGUUUACCUAAUUUA